CUCGGUUAUAGCGGACUGCUGGCGCGAGCGGGACCGGAAACGCUGCUGGACUUAACCGAGACUUCACGGAGAGCCUUUACUCCGACGCGCUCUAUGUAUUUACACCGCCAUGUGAAUGUGGAUCUCCACAUAAUCUCCACAGCGCUCCUGAAUCGCCCCUGAGAUAUUUCACGGGUUGGAAUCGGGUAUUUUUAUUCAUUUUUUUUUUGUGCGCAACGCACGCGCUUAACGUUUUUUGAACUUUGCCUGAAUAAGAGUAUAAGAGCCGUUACAGAGCGGCUACAUUACCACUCUAACCGGUUUGUAAUGCGCUAUUAAACGGGACAGACGGCACCUGAUGACGUUUGGGAAGUUUGCUGUCAUUUUGUGCGCGUGUCUGUGCGGGUAGAAUUGCGCUCGCGCGGAUGGACUUGCAGUGUGCAGUGGGCGACUGUGUGUUGGUGUGAAGGAGAGCACGCGCGCAUUGAAUAAAAAGUCUCCAACCUGUUAAGGUAGAUAGGUCCGUGCGGGUCUCCACGCGUGUCGCGAGCUCCGGAUAUACCACCACCACCAACAGCAACAGCAACAGCAACAACGUGUCACACACACCAUCCGCGAAGGAAAUGUUCCGACUGGGAAUCCUCCUGAACCUGCUCUUCAUCAGAGGCUCGUUGUCCUCGGUGGUGCCCCGGUUCCCGGGCACGCUGGAGUGUGUGCAGGCUGUGCAGAAGUGUAUGGCCCAACCUGAGUGUGAAAAACUAUACAACCAGCUGGACUACUGCGUGGACGAGGAAGCCGUGGCGCCGCUGGGUCCUGAAGCCCGCCAGGCCUGUGCCGACGCCCAGAACGCCCUGCUGCACCAUCGGCCCCUGCAGGAGUGCAAAUGCCAGCGCGGAUCACGUAAAGAGGCUCUCUGUCUCCGAGUGUACUGGACCAUGCGCUUCCCACAAGGUUAUGACGACAUUGAGACGUCCCCGUAUGAGGACAUCGAACUGGAGCUUGUGAGAAAUAGCGAAGUAACAAAACUGGCCUCGAUUGUGGCAGUGUCCUCGUUUCCAGUAGAUGGACAGAACCAGUGUUUAAAGGCAGCUCAGGACUGUGGGCUGUUCGAGAAAUGUGGUGCCCUACGUGCAGAGUAUGUGCUGGCGUGUACCAAGCGAGUGGCAGGCUCAGAUCGCUGCAACAGACAGAAAUGCCACCGGGCACUGCGCAAGUUUCUGGACCGUGUGCCUGAAGAGUACAGCUUUGGCGUGCUUUUCUGCUCCUGCACCGAGCCAUUAUGUGGAGAGAGGAGGAGGAAGACCAUCGUCCCUUCCUGUUCCUAUGAAGAGAAAGACGCACAACCCAACUGCCUGCACCUGGAGAGCUAUUGCCUCCGUGACGACCUGUGCAGGUCCAGACUGGCUGAUUUCCAGCAGAACUGCCAGCCAUCCUCUUACUCCCCUUCAGGCUGUCUGCGUGAGAGUGGAGCUGUCUGCCUGAAGGCAUACGCUGGACUGAUCGGUACGAUCAUGACACCGAACUACGUGAGUAACAGCAGUAUGGAGGUGUCUCAGUGGUGUAACUGUGAAGGCAGUGGGAAUCAGCUGCAGGAGUGCCUGCGCAUCCUGCACAUGUUCAACAGCAACACUUGCCUGCGUAAUGCCAUAGAGAACAUGGGGAGCGCCAAUCCUCGGCCAGUGGAGGGUACACUGCUCCCUCCCCCUCGCCCCUCCCCCCACAUUCAACACCACGACCUAAAUAUCAACUUGUUCGAAGACCUCAACUCGGUGGAGGAGAGUGAGGAGGAUAAGAACGAUCCUGAAUAUGAGAUAGAUCCAGUGGAUGAAUUCAACGUCAUCCCUCCAUUCCCAGAGAAGGCCACUGUCAGUGAUUUGGGUUCGGAGACGGGCAGAGUUCAGGGCUGGGCCUCAUCCCUUUCAGCCUCCCUUUAUCUUCUUCUUCUGCUGCUGCUCGCUACCCUCAGCUGGGGGUAGAAACGACCGCCAUUCAUGCUCAUACACACUUAUACAUACACACUUACAUCCGCACACACCCUCCUCAAAAUAAUCACUCACACCCACUCUAAAGACUCAAAGACUUUAUACUGAGGGAUGGAGAGAAUGCAAGAUGAAAUGAGAUGAAAAGAGAAGAAGAGGACAGAGGACAGGAAAGUCCUCUCCUACCCACUACUGUCCUUUCCUUUCACUCUGUUUCUCCUUCUCGCAGAGAGGGCUGCGUGUAGCUCGCUGAUCGCAGCUUGUCCCCCAGGGAAUCGCUCUCUGAAUCUGAUUCUGUGCCAAUUGUUUGGAAAAUUGUUAGGAAUCACGAUUCAUGAUUCAUGACUCAUUGGACUGAAUUGAAUCGGAUAUAUUUAACGCCUGACUGUCAUUGAGUGAAUCAGUGAAUCAGUGAAUCAGUAAUGUGAUGUAUCUGUUGUGUAAUUCUCCUUUGCUUUGCUGAUGUUGGCUAACCGUCAGUCAACUUGCGCCACUGUUUGGGAAUUGCUGUAUUGCUUCCGUCCAAUGACACCGCUACAUAUGAGUGCACAGCUUGUUCUUUUUUUGUACUUUGCAUUUAGAGACCUUGUGCGUUUUCUCAUUGCUGAAGCUUUUAUAACUAUGUGUGUAUGUGUGUGUACAGAAUGUUUGCACUUUGUCAACAUCAGAAAAAAACUCUUACAAUAUGUGUCCACUUGCAAGUUCGCCGCACUGCAUCCUAUUUAUUUCAGUGAACAGCUCCGCUGGUGUGGUGACUACGGUGGUCCUCCUCAGUAGAAUACGGUUUAAUCUCACUUAGAUGCCAAAUUAUAAUUAUUUUAAAGUAUUUGAAUGAAUUAAAAUGGAAUACUCUUUGCUAAAGCUGGCUAUCUGUUAGCAAAAGUUGUAACAGGGAGUCUGUCAUUGGAUUACAUUAACUAAACAUGAAAAUCUAGCUAGCUAAUAGUGCCAUAACAUAAUGCUAAUGUUGCUCUGCCCUGGUUACAUCUGAAAAUGUUGUUAAUAAAACACUUAGGAAACUGUUCACUAACACUAGCCAGUUAGUCUAAUACUGAUAUUACUUUGCAAAUGUUUAGCUAAAAAUAGAAAUCUAGCAAGGCAAAUGUUACUCCGAUCUGUUACAGUGAGAGUUUGUUACAGAGUGAAAUAAAAAUGAAAAAGUUUUUUUUUUUAUAUUCCAAUUAGAAAACUGUUCAUUAAGGCUAGCAAAUUAGCUAGCUAGUGUUGCACAUAAGGGUCAUUGCAUUGACAUUAGCUAAGAGCUCUAUGGCAUAAGGCUAAUGUUAUUCUGCUCUGGUUAGAGUGAGACUAUGUGCCAGAGUGAAGCAAAUUGACAAGUCAUUUUUUUUAAUAUUUAAAUUUAAAAAACAUUUCACUAAAGCAAGCUAAUUAGCCUUGAUUUGCUAUUAAAUAAGCUAGCUAGCACUGCAAGUGAGGGUUGUCAUUACAGCACAAUAGUAAACAUAAAUAGCUAGUUAGCUAAUAGUGCUGAUAAAUAAGGCUAAUCUUAUUUUGCUCAGGUUGCAAAUAAAUUGGAAACAAAUUGAAAAGGUAUUUUUUUUUGGAAUGUUUCAAUUAAGAAACUGUUUGCUAGCUAAUUAGCCUUGAUUUGCUAUUAAAUAAGCUAGCUAGCACUGCAAGUGAGGGUUGUCAUUACAGCACAAUAGUAAACAUAAAUAGCUAGUUAGCUAAUAGUGCUGAUAAAUAAGGCUAAUUUUAUUUUGCUUAGGUUGCAAAUAAAUUGGAAACAAAUUGAAAAGGUAUUUUUUUUGGAAUGUUUCAAUUAAGAAACUGUUUGCUAGCUAAUUAGUCUUGAUUUGCUAUUAAAUAAGCUAGCUAGCACUGCAAGUGAGGGUUGUCAUUACAGCACAAUAGUAAACAUAAAUAGCUAGUUAGCUAAUAGUACUGAGAAAUAAUCUUAUUUUACUCAGGUUGUAAAUAAAUUGGAAACAAAUUGAAAAGUUUUUUUUUUUGGAAUGUUUUAAUUAAGAAACUGUUAGCUAGCUAAUUAGCCUUGGUUUGCCUUUAAGAAAGCUAGCUAGUGUUGUAAAAGGGGGUUGUCAUUACACAAGUUUAGCUAAACAUAAACAGCUAGCCAAAUAAAUUAAGAUAAUGAGUAAAACUAGCUGGCUUCUGGUUACAUGGAGGUGUAGAUAAACAUAUAAUUAGCUAAUAGCUGACUUGGUAGUAUCACUGAAUAAACUAAAAUGAGGUAUUAAAUAAGUUGCUGUUACACUAAGAGGCUUGACUGCAUUAGCUUAUAAAUGUUAUGUCUGUAAUUUGAGAACAUCUAGCUAGCCUAACACCAGAAUUUGGAUGGAUGAUCGUUUUUGUAUUACUAAUAAAGCAUUACUUUUGCGGCACACUGUUUGGUUACCACACCAGCGUUUAGCUGAUUUUACAUGUGUAAAUGUUCACCAUGACAGACAAAAUAAAUGAGGUUGGAGGAUUAACCUAGCUAACAAAGUGGACAGCUAAUGCAUGCUAAGAAAAAAAAAAAAAAAAAACACACACAAACAAAUUUACCCACAGCUACUGUUUGUUCUUUAUCACUGUAAAAUUUGAUUUGAUUAUAUUAAAUAAAAAAAAAAAAAUACAAAGUAGCUGACACUGGAUUUUUGCUUACUCCUCUAAAGACAAUUUUGAAAAAUUUCGUCAGGUUUGUUUACAUUUACUUGAUUGCCAUGACAGCAAGCAUAGAAACGGUAGAUGCGGUGACAGAAAAUGCAAGUAGAUAUGUAUUGUUCUGAGUUCUUUGUCGUAAGUGAAGUUCCAGGCACACUCAUACUCACACUCACACACACACACACACACACACACACACAUACACGUGCGGCGUGACCCUCCAUUGGUGCAGAUGCAAGCGCUUUUACUUUAUUGCUCUAUCUGCGCUGUGCUUUAAUUUUUAGAGUCAGCACAGGCUGUGGAGUCUAACCAGGGGCAUAAAUAAUAAAAACACACACCCACACACACGCACACACACACACACAUAUCCUGGAACAAUACGACUAAUAAAGUCUAAAUAAAUAAAUAAGCGUGUAAAUAAAAAAAUAAAUCUACGUGAAGACGUGAGUGCA